UCGGUUUUUGAGCCCCUUGUUUGAGAUUGCAUUAGUGCGAACUGCUGUUAUCAACACUGUGCCUGUAGGUCGCCUUGGCAAUGGCUGGAUCUCCCCGCGAAAUUCCCCGCUCGCGGCCGCCCUCGGAAACCUUCUGGGGCGUGGAAACCUCACUUAUUCCCGUCACAUCGCACAACGCCCUCGCGUCACAUCCAUGCAGCAUCAGCCAGAUCGUCAUUGUCAUCCCAUCUGACAGUAUUUCCGCUGCACCAGUCGUAAAAGAAGAGCGAAUGCGCCCAGCGCAUCAUGAAGGAGGAGGUUGGCUAUGCCUCAACAAGUCCCGAGGCUUCAUCCAACUCGCUCACAACAGGUGACCUGCCACCAAAGAAGAAGCAGAGGAGGAACAAGCCGACCCUGAGCUGCGAAGAAUGUGUCGAGCGCAAGACCAAGUGUGAUCGCACUCGGCCUGAUUGUCUGGCGUGCAUCAAGCGACAAUCAGUGUGCAAGUACUCCGAAAUUGCGAAUUUAAUCGCAUCAGGAACAGAUGGCGUUGGCGCCGCGCGAGGCUCGGGUCGAUCAAGGAAGCAGCAGCAGAAACCCACCCAACUUCAGCUCGGCAGCAAUACGGAGUCAAAUCCACUUCCUGUUCAGGUACAUACUCAAGUACCAACGCCGGUCAGGACGCAUUAUCGUAGUGCCUCUCUGUCUUCAUCUGGAUCUUCGCCAUUCUUGCUGUCCAAUGUGCCGUUCUCGAGCAGAGCACCCCAGCCGUUCUUCGGCUUGGGCUCUGAACAUCCCUUUGCCAACUAUUGGACUAGUCGGGGAGGGCUUGCUGAAGUCGUAGGUGUACUGCCGGCGAAAGAGCAGGCCGACAUUCUUGUCGAUAAGUACUUCGAUGCUGUCGACCCUGUGUAUCCCAUGAUACACCGGCGCAACUUCUAUGCCGAUUAUGAGCGUUUCUGGGCCAUGACCCCCGCGGAGAGGCAGGUGGCUGACCCAGUGAUGGUCGCUCUGCAUUUUGUGGUUUACGCCAUGGGAACACAAUUCAUACACAUACCAUCGAACUCGGAAAGGGCACAGAUAGCCGAGUUUUACGUCUCGGCGGCACAACAGGCACUCAGGUUGUCAUCGUACCUAAGUAGAGCUUCGGUCAGGACCCUGCAGGCUAUGGUGCUGAUUGGCUAUUUCCUGAUGAACGAUAACCAUGCUUCUGAUGCCUGGGCAUUUGGUGGUGUUCUAGUACGGCAAGCCUAUGCGAUGGGUCUGCAUCGUGACCCAGAUGUCAUAGCAUCACGCUGUUCACGAAGCGACAAGCAACAGCGGCGCAAGCUGUGGCAAGCCAUCUUCUUCCAAGACACCUUCCUCACCGUCCUUUUGAAGCUGCCACCAACAACAACAUUCUCUGACGUCCGCCCAGAAUCCCUCGAUGACUCCCUCGACGACUACGCCAUGCCUAAUGGCUCUUCAAAUGGUAGCACUGACCCCGUACUGAACCCAAUGAGCAUCACUCACAUCGCCCAACUCAAAGACGUCUACCCAUCCUACGAACUCUCCGACCGCCGAUACAUCCGUUCAAUGUGGCACAUGGCCAAUCUCGUCUCACGCACCGUCUGCACGCCGCGCUCCCUCUCCACACCUCUGACCACCUCUCUAUCCCACAAAACCGCGCUCGUCGAAGAGUACUUCGCUCUGCACAGAUCGUUUCCCCAAGAACUUACCGUCUCUGACCCAGCCGCGAUCGCACGGCUUGCCGAGACAAAUCCACGCUCCUUACGGCAGAACCUCUUCUUUCGCAGCAACUUUUGGCACUGCGUCAUGGUGAUCCAGUCAGAUGAGAACCUGAGCGAGGGCUAUGCAUGCGAGGUCAGGGGGUGUCUGGAGGCUGCGCGUAUGGCGGUGCAGAGUUUCUUCCAUUUCUGGGAGCAUCUGAGGAUCGACGCAAGCGUCUGGUGGGUGUUCCAGCACCGGGCUUUCGAGGAGGCCCUGCUCAUGGCACGUAUCUUGGGGCAACAAGAACAGCCUAUCAGCCCGGGCCAUAAUGGGCCGCCGUCUACAGAUCCCCUGCUGAUGGCAGCGAAGGAGGAUGCGCGCAAGUGUCUUGAGAUUCUGGAUGUUGUGGGAAUUGCGCCCGAGAUGCAGAAAACGAGGACCGAGGUGCUGAGGACUGCGUUUGCGGAUAUCCUAUGGUGAGCACAGGGUAAGCUUGGUGAGCGAGCAUUUAUUGAUUAUCGAUACCUCUGUUGUAAUGUUUGUUAGUGUACGCAAUCUACAUAAUAAUGUGACAAGA